AUGUACAGCAUGAUGAUGGACGCGGACCUGCACUCGCCGGGCGGCGGCGCCCAGGCGCCCACGAACCUGUCGGGCCCGGCGGGCGGCGUGGGCGGCGCGGGCGGCGGCGGCGGCGGGGGCGCCAAGGCCGGCCAGGACCGCGUCAAGCGCCCCAUGAACGCCUUCAUGGUGUGGUCGCGCGGGCAGCGGCGCAAGAUGGCCCAGGAGAACCCCAAGAUGCACAACUCGGAGAUCAGCAAGCGGCUGGGCGCCGAGUGGAAGGUGAUGUCGGAGGCGGAGAAGCGGCCGUUCAUCGACGAGGCCAAGCGGCUGCGCGCCCUGCACAUGAAGGAGCACCCGGAUUACAAGUACCGGCCGCGCCGCAAGACCAAGACGCUGCUCAAGAAGGACAAGUACUCGCUGGCCGGCGGGCUGCUGGCGGCGGGCGCGGGCGGCGGCGGCGCGGCCGUGGGCAUGGGCGUGGGCGCGGGCGCGGGCGGCGUGGGGCCGCGGCUGGACAGCCCGGGCGGCGCGGCGGGCGGCGGCUACGCGCACGUCAACGGCUGGGCCAACGGCGCCUACCCGGGCUCGGUGGCCGCGGCGGCGGCGGCCGCGGCGAUGAUGCAGGAGGCGCAGCUGGCCUACGGGCAGCACCCGGGCGCGGGCGGCGCGCACCCCCACGCGCACCCGGCGCACCCGCACGCCCACCACCCGCACGCGCACAACCCGCAGCCCAUGGCCCGCUACGACAUGGGCGCGCUGCAGUACAGCCCGCUGCCCGGCUCGCAGGGCUACGUGGGCGCCGCGCCCUCGGGCUACGGGGGGCUGCCCUACGCGGCGGCCGCGGCGGCGGCGGGCGGCGCGCACCAGAACUCGGCCGUGGCGGCGGCGGCGGCCGCGGCCGCCGCGUCGUCGGGCGCCCUGGGCGCGCUCGGCUCGCUCGUCAAGUCCGAGCCCAGCGGCAGCCCGCCGGCGCCCACGCACUCGCGCGCGCCCUGCCCCGGGGACCUGCGCGAGAUGAUCAGCAUGUACUUGCCGGCCGGGGAGGCCGGGGACCCCGCGCAGGGCCGGCUCCACGCGCUGCCGCAGCACUACCAGGGCGCGGGCGUCAACGGCACGGUGCCGCUGACGCACAUCUAG